AUGGCUUCACAUCCCCACGGAGAAGCCCUCGAUGACAUCGAGCACAACCCCCAUGCCUCGGCCAACAGAUGGCGUCACCAGGAGAGCUCAGCUUUCCUCCGCCAUGCCGCCGGUGCUCACAGCCACGCACAACCCCGCGACCCCCAAGAACGAGGAACCACCAACGACCUGGCCGACUUUCUGAAUCGCGACCGCGUCGAGCCCGAGAACCCCAAUGCUCCGCCCAACUUCAAGCCCAUCAUGGUUGCUGCUGGUGAGGCCGCUGGCCAGGAGGAGCCUCGCGCGGCGGCGACCCACGCCCACGAGCAAGACCCCCCCGACGGCCGGGAGAUCAUCUGCGGUCCGCUGCUCAACUACCGCAGGAUGGACGAGAACAAGUGGUACGGAAGUGUCUUGAUUGUCACAAAGGGCGGUGGUAAGACUCAGAGCUUCGCACCGCACUUGGUUCUGCACCCUGCGAACGCAGUGAAUGGCCAGUACGCCUCUACGGAGACGAACGGUGUCAACGGCUCCAACGGUGCUUUCAAUGGCGAGGUUUCCAGCGCAGCCAAUGGCGCGGGCACCAGUGGCUCAGAGACCCAAGGUCAAUGUCUCUACUCUGACCCUCGCAACACUUUCUGGGCCUUCGACCUGUCACUACCCCUCAGCCAAACGGAGGCCAAGUGGGAGUAUUCGAUCCCCGAUAUGCGAUUCUCGGCUGGCAACAUCCGGCCUGAUCGCUACCACUUCUUCGUCCCGGCCAUCAACGAGUCGAUGCGCAUCAUGUUCCAUUCUUGCAACGGAUUCAGCGUGGGCACUGAUGAAGACGCCUGGAGCGGCCCCGCCUUGUGGAACGAUGUGAACCGACACCACAAAGAGCGACCAUUCCACGUCAUGCUCGGAGGAGGCGACCAGAUCUACAACGAUGGAAUUCGGGUCGACGGACCUCUGCGCGAAUGGACCGAGAUCUCGAACCCCAAGAAGCGCAGACACUUCCCCUUUCCCGAGAAGCUUCGCCAGGCUUGUGACGAUUACUACCUGAAGAACUACAUCCGUUGGUACUCUACAGAGCCAUUUGCGACUGCCAAUGCCCAGAUUGCGCAGCUCAACAUCUGGGAUGAUCAUGAUAUCAUUGACGGAUUCGGUUCCUAUGUUGACGAUUUCAUGCGAUGCGAUGUGUUCAGGGGUAUUGGUGGAACUGCCCACAAGUACUACAUGCUGUUCCAGCAUCACCUCCCUCCGCCACCGUCCACUUACACCUCGGGUACGUUUCUAGUUGAUGGCGAAGGAAUUCGGGCUAAUCCACGGAUAGACCACACCACAACGGCCGAGAACCAAGGACUUGACCCCAACCAACUCAUGGAUACCUACGUUGCGCCGGCUAAGUCGGAUCCCAGCUACAUUGUUGGCAAGCAACCUGGUCCCUAUGUCGCUGAACACUCACAUAACAUGUUCGCCCGGCUUGGCGCACGUAUUGCCUUCCUUGGUAUUGAUGCUCGGACUGAGCGCACACGCCAUCAAAUCAAUUACCCAGAGACAUAUGACUUGAUCUUCAGUCGCCUCAGACAAGAGCUCAAGGGCGCUCAGGAGUCUGGACGCCCAUUCAAGCACUUGAUCCUUCUGCUGGGAAUCCCAAUUGCGUAUCCUCGCCUGACAUGGCUUGAGAACGUCUUCCGCAGCCCCAUCAUGGGUCCUGUGAAGUUCCUCAACCGGAGAUUCGGUCUCGCCGGUGGUGUUUUCAACCACUUUGACGGCAGCGUCGAUUUGCUCGACGACCUUGACGACCAUUACACGGCCAGAACUCACAAGAAGGAGCGCAACGCUCUCGUUGAGAGGCUCCAGGCCAUCUCGUCAGAGUUCUCAGUCCGUAUCACCAUCUUGGGCGGCGAUGUGCACUUGGCGGCUAUGGGCCGAUUCUACUCGCAUCCUAAGCUGAACAUUGCUUCGGAGAACGACCACCGCUACAUGGCUAACGUGGUGUCUUCUGCCAUUACCAACAAGCCACCGCCAGCAGCGAUUGCCAACUUGCUGGCCAGGAGAAACAAGAUCCAUCACCUGAACCACGAUACGGACGAGACGCUGCUCAAGUUCUUUGACAAGGACCCCGGCGAUUCGAGCAAGACGUCCAACUCCAACCAUGUGACUAUGCCGAGCCGGAACUUUGCCAUUCUCACCGAGAACUCGCCCAACAAUGGACUGGCUGCGCCGACGAACGGUGAUACGCGGUCAGUGAUUUCCGGCAAGGGUGGACACGAUUUUCUCCAUGUCGGUGAGGUGGAGUCAGGAUCCAAGCACAAGGCAGCCGGAAAGCAGCACGGCACCGGCAACGAUGGUAGCUUGGACAUUUGCAUCCGCGUCGAGAUCGACCAGCACAACCGUGAGGGUCUCACGGAGGGUUACGGUGUCACUGUUCCCCAGCUCAAGUACACCAGCCAGCCGGUGCCGGUUGAGCCCUUCCCUGCACAGGAGCGCGAGAAUGGACAGGGCGAGUAA